UAAUUUACUCAACAAUAUCAUCCAAAAAGUCUUGUCAGCUCCGAGUUUGUUUGUUGCAUUUCGAUAAUAACAUUCUCUUGUGCGAUUGAUUUUCAAUUUCCAUCGUUGAGUAUCAGGCAAUGGACGCGUUCGCAUCUUUCUUCGAUUCGCAAUCUUCUUCGAGAAAUCAAUGGACAUACGAUUCUCUCAAGAAUUUCCGUCAGAUCUCUCCUCAUGUCCAGACUCAUCUCAAACAGGUUUAUUUGACCUUAUGCUGUGCACUAGUUGCAGCAGCUGCUGGGGCUUAUCUGCACAUCCUAUGGAAUAUUGGUGGUCUUCUAACUACUUUUGCAUGCAUUGGAUGCAUGGCUUGGCUUCUGUCUCUUCCUCCUUAUCAAGAGCAAAAGAGGGUUGCUAUUUUGAUGGCAGCUGCACUAUUCCAAGGAGCUUCUGUGGGCCCUCUGAUUGAUUUGGCCAUUGAUAUUGAUCCAAGUGUUCUGAUCACUACAUUUGUGGGAACUUCGGUGGCCUUUGGUUGUUUUUCGGCUGCAGCUAUGUUGGCAAGGCGUAGAGAGUACCUCUAUCUUGGUGGUUUGCUCUCAUCUGGCCUGUCGAUCCUUCUCUGGUUGCAAUUUGCAUCUUCUAUCUUUGGGGGAUCUGCAUCCAUCUUUAAGUUUGAGUUGUACUUUGGGCUUUUGGUGUUUGUGGGCUAUGUGGUGGUUGACACCCAGGAUAUCAUUGAGAAAGCUCACCUUGGCGAUCUGGACUAUGUGAAGCAUGCUUUGAAUCUUUUCACUGAUUUUGUUGCUGUGUUUGUCCGAAUUCUCAUUAUCAUGUUGAAGAAUUCAGCUGAGAAAAAUGAGAAGAAGAAGAAAAGAAGAAAUUAAGCAUUGGCUGGGGUUAAAUCAUGUGGUGCUGCAGUAAAAUUGAACCAGUUGUCAAUAACCUUUUUUGUCUGUCUUUUUUUUUUCUGUGAGAGCCUAAUCUAUGUAACUACUUUGUGAACCGUGUAACUAUUAGUAGUUAUGUUUUCUGUAGGAUAUACGUCUGGGUUUUGAUAAAUCCACAUGAAGAGAAGUUCAUAAAAUUAAUGGUAGUUGGAUUAUAGGGCUCUGCUUGCUGUAGAUUUUGGGAUUAUAAUGAUGACACAAAAUGGAUCUUGCCCUUGCU